UUGCGCAACUUUGAACUUUAGAGACAAAGUCUAUGUUAUGAAGAAAAUGCGUCAAACCCUAACGAGUGUCUGUUAACCCCGAUAACACCACAAAGCGACAACAAAGUUUUGGCAAGUUGAAUGCCUGACAUUGGAACCAUCGUUGUGCUGUUUAUUUUGAAGUUACGAGUUCUCAAAUAUCCCUUCCUAUGCUGUUAUUCUCCGAACUUUUUGAAAAGGAAUGGACAACACUGUGUUUGUUUUGAUCAUGGAGGUGGGAAAAGAUCUUUCAUCCUAGUCGCACUUUGAAAAGUGUGUGUUCCUUCCUCCACGGUCUUACUCUCUAUCGGCAAGUAGCGGAAAAAACCCGCACAAACAUAGACAGUGCUAUCAGCGUCAGAACGAUUCAUAGUUAAGGGUCAGGGGGUAAUGGUAUGUCAGUUUCUUCGUCCAGAGUCUGCGUGCAUAAUCAGUCCCUGCGGGGCUCGGUUUCAGAAACACACCCGCUCAGGAGUGGAUCAUGCCAGCCAGACUAAGUAUUAAUUUUGUGCCUGAAAUGUGCAGAGUGCAUUGUCUGUUACCCGACGGUGUGCAUGAAUGCUCGAAACUGCUGCGCCCAUGUUGGUUGUUGAUUUGUACUGCUACUCUUAGGGAAAUAAUGGACAACCAUAGAGUGUAAAUCCAUGGAAAAGUCAUGCUGUCAUACCCACACACCGAACUACCUGGCCAGCCGAAACGGAGACGCGCGAUCGUCCAGCGACGAGACAUCGGAGAUGAUAGGUAACGACAGCACCACCGUGAUUGACUUAGACGAUCCGCACGAACACCAGAAAAGCCACGGCAACGGUUUUAUGCGGAAUGGGGGGCUCUCCAACGGGAUGCACCCAAGCCUGGCCCAUGCCCACGGCCACCAGGCGAACGGUGCUCUGCCCAAUUCGGCCAUCGAGAAGAUCGCCAUCGAGAUCGCCGAGGCGCAGGCUUCGGCGGCGGCCCAUCACGCCCCGUCAUCCCCGCCGCGGUUUGAGUCCGAGCCCUUCAAGACGGUCCUGGCCGUCUUAUACUGUAUGCUGGUGUCUUUCAUGUCGGCCUUCACUAUGACUUACACACACGAUCGCACGCCCGACUUGACCGUCAGCCCACCCCUCCCCGAUGUCGUCUUCGACUUGGUGCCUCGGAUCGAAUGGGCGUUCCUGGCUUGCGAAAUUGGAAUGAUUCUGCUAGUAGUCGCUAACCUCGUCAAUCUUACAUUCCAUAAGCACAGGUUAAUCAUCUUGCGGAGGUUCCUCUUUAUUGUCGGAUUGGCUUAUUCUAUGCGAUGUGUGACGAUGAUCGUGACGUCACUAUCCGUGGCAGGAUACCACGUCCAUUGUGGCAAGAAGAUGUUUGACAGCGUGUGGAGCAAACUAGGACGCGCUGUGGCGCCCUCCAUCGGGCUGGGAAUGACAGUGACGGGUCAGAGGGACGAAAUGUGCGGCGAUUACAUGUACAGUGGGCACACGGUCUCCAUAAUGGCGGCUUGCCUCUUUUUCACUGAGUACACUCCGAGCAGAUGCCGCUUGUUCCACUUUCUGGCCUGGGUCACAGCAGGCGCUUCGCUUUUCUUCAUCGUGGCUGCCCACGAGCACUACACGGUGGACGUCUUGAUUGGCAUGAUCGUCACCAGCCUCAUAUUCCUUUACUAUCACACGCUGGCCAACACCCGGGCCCACCUCCACCGCGACCUCUACAGGGUCCGGGUGUGGCUGCCCUUCUUCCACUACCUGGAGGCCAAAAUCGACGGCGUGGUCCCCAACGAGUACGAGUGGCCGUUCCGAUGUCCCUCCUUCUCCUGGCCGGCGGGGCCCAAACUUUGGCCCCGGGGCAAGUCCGGUCUCGUCGACUGAUUCCACGCUCAACAAACAGGUCAUCCGUAAAGCUGGCUCAAAGCCUUUAAUGUUCACCAGCUACGUUAGUAUUCCACGCUGUAGAACACCCACGAACUUCUACCUUCCUCGAGAGGCGGAAUGGACGGUCGUAAAUUUGAAGAUUCCCGUGGCUAUUAGUAUUGAAAAUGACGCCUGAAAUUUAAUAUAAUUUUUUUUCCAUUUCAAGCUGAUCAAUAUGCUAGCGCGCGGUGUCUACUAGGCUUAAAUGGCUUAAUUAAUGUACACUUAAUUGUCAGGACAAAGCCUUGAAGAUUUAACAUGCAUGAGGUACUUUCUAACAAGUGGUGACCUUUGACCUCACGAGGUGACCUCUGUGUAGAUCCCAUGUUAAUUCGGAGCUCUGCGCUUGGUGCUUUUAUAAAAAAAAAGUACAUUUUGCCGUAAACCUUUUUCGAAAUGCUUAAUAAUAGUAGUAAAUUCGUAACGAUCUGCUCAAACAAGGCUGUAAAAUGGCGGAGGCUUUUUCAUAUUAUGCAACAAUGGCAAACAAAGUUUGUACAUUGGCUUCUUUGAUAGUUCACAGUUGGCUGUUUUCUAGUUUCGUCUUGAAGGUACCUUUUAUAGUUCUGGAUUUUCCGCCGUGCGCAGUCGACAACGGAGGAGAAAUGACGUCUAACCGCAACCUCUAGCAUCUCUAUACAGACGCUAUACAGAAAUUUCCAGUUCCAUUUUACGCACUUGCUGGUCAAGUAUCAUGCCUAUACCGAGGCUCCUUAAAAUGGGAAAGAAAAAUGCCGCUUGGCUCUUGUCCUCAAGAAGUUCAGAAAAUCUGUAAUCGUAUACAGUGUUAAUGUAUGUGUGGCCUCACUUUUUAAUGAUACUGCACACAGCAGCGGAAUACUGGCGCUGCUAGGAGGUUGGAACCGUAAUGCAAUUAAAUGAACAGUGUUCCUUGUAUAUAUACACACAGAAACACACUCAAUCUGUACUAGUAAGCAGGAGGUCGUGGGUUCGAGUCCCACCCGAGUACGCCUGUGGUUUGUUUAUCACAAGCCUUCGGGGGCAGACACUGAGUAUACACUGUUAGACUAUACACGUCGGGCAGGGCGAAAGUCCAAAAUUAAUUCCACUUCCCCGGCGCAAAUCCAUCUUUGAAACAUCCAAUCUUGCAAAAAAAAAUUUGCAGUGUCUGAGCGUUGAUUCAAAUACAUUAGAUGAAGUUUGAAUGCUAACAUGUAUUAGAUGGCAUUUGGCCUACUUAAUGAUUCGAUCGUUCGAGGCGCAGUCGAAGCUUCUGCUCGUAGAGUCGCUCCUUUUUUUUUUGAACGAGAACAAUCAUGUUCAUAAUGUUCACAAAUUGUCACAGAUACAGAGAGAUUUUUUCAUUGUUGAAGACCUCCAUACUAUUUUUCUAAUGCCUCUCCUCUAACCACUUCGUUAGAUUUAUUGAAAAAGAAAAUAUUUUGCCACCGAAACAAUUUUUUUUAGUAGUUAGUCAUUUUGUAGAAUGCAGUAGUGUUCUUUGUUCUUUUAUUCUCAUGUCUGUGUGUACAUCAAAAAUGUGCCAAGGAGGAGUUGUUCCAGUUUGUUUGCAUUUUCAAGCUGGUCCAAUUUGGUCGUGGUUCAGCCCUUAGGGAAGCUAUGAAUACAUUUCAAUCUGCGAGAUGGUUGCGGCGAUACACAGGGAGACACGAAUUCUGGACACCGGGCAAAGGUAUACAUUGCCCGUCAUCACAAUUGCCGCUCAGUUUGGUCGUGCGCUCAGGCCUUCAUGCUGUUCCUUAUGAUGCAAAAUGGAUUUCGAAUGGACAUCGAAAUGCACACUUUCACGGUUUACCUCUUAAGCUCUGUAUACCGUACCGGGAAACGUACUGGCGCACUCUAUAUCGUUGGCUAAUGCUCAGCAGCCGGGCAGAAUGCAGAGAAAAGCAAAUACAAGCCGGCACACCGUUAAUCACAAUGCAAGGGUGCUUUGCCCACCCCCCCCCAAAAGCGCAAGAUAUUGCUUUUAUUGGUGAGAACUGCUUGAUCCUCGUCUUUUAAUCUGCUUAAAACCAUUUGCGUAGCUAUUGGCAUAUUGGCAUGUCACGAGAGAACUUACUUGUUUAAGCAUUCCUUCAAGGGCAGCUGGAUAUAGGCCGUACAACACGAGGCCUUAAUUCGGGCAGUAAGUCUGCCAUUUACGUCAUCCCCGCACGUCGUGAGAAAGUGUUUUUUAGUAAUCGUCGGCUGCAGACGUGCUGGUGUUGACAGGCGAGCGGGAUUGAAAGAGGUCGCGCGUACGCACACAGUAGACGUUGGCUUGCAGUUGCACGGCGGUAUACCUGUGAUCUCAUCAUAACGGUUGAGGUUUACAGUGGAACGGAUACUGAAGUUAGACCUACCAGCUCGCAAAAUCCCAGUGGUUUCAUUUCUGCAGAGCCCCUGUGUAAAAUUUGGGACGAUCUGAUGUAAGUUUUCGUAUCGAAAAGAGCGGAAUUAAACAAGAUUACCUUGCAUUCUAAAACGUGGGACCAAAGCAUGCUUGAAAAGCUCAAACAGGGAGGACGCUGCAUCACUUUGUAAAAGAAUUAAAUUCUUGAAUUUUGUUCCAGAGUGUUGCAGGAAAAUAUUGCUGAAAACAUAUUUCAAUAACUCUAGGCAUUGCCUUAUGUUGCCGUGACUGUCUAAUUUGUAUAAAUGAAGAACUUUUACAAGGUUUAAAAAGCUGAUAUUUUCUACAGUGUAUAUUGCUCGAUAUCAUUGCUACUGCACUUUUAUACUUGCCGUGUGCUACUAUUUUUGGUGUUGUUCAAUUAGCUUUGGGCGGCUUGGACUUAAUUUGGAUCGACCUGUGUUUGUUCCAGUUAAUGACGGCUCUGCUAGCAAACAUUCGCAACAUGUUCACAUUUGCUGCAGCUAACAGGUCUACUUGAACUUCUUUCUACGUGAAUUGCGCAUAGUGUGGUUCUUUAAAGUCUGUGUCAUUAUGCGAGAGUGACGUACAACUCGAUCUGCGCAUGCGCCCCUGUAGCCAAGGACAAAAAGUUUGUUGUUGUUUCAAAGGUCACCAAAAUAUCAAUAUGCUUGUCAGUGCUUGUUUGGCUAUAUUCAAAACCGUGUUCAGAAGACCUGACACCAAGCAAUGUCUCUUAUUUCGAGGAGACAGACGGCACAGGCAGAGCUGUUUAUAGAGAGAGUUGUAGCAAUAAGUGCCUUAAUUGUUGGUGUCAAAAUGGUGGAUUAUGGGGCAGUGCGCAUGGACAAAGGGAGACUCUGAGACGCAUGGUGGCGGCAGACAAACCGGUCCUUUUUGCCUUUGUGCGCGUGCUCAGAACUGAAACAAUUGAUCUCCAUUAUAUAAUGACUGAAACGCAUGCCCCGAAUUGCGCGUGCAUGCCCACAUCAUCCAAAAAGGGACCGCCACCAAGCGUCUCAAGGUUUCCCUUUAGUACACAACAGCUGAAUGCUGUAUUAUGCACACAAUAGUAUGCAUAUUGGUUCCAAAGUCUGAAGUUGGCGGAACUCUCUCUAUUCACAGCUCUGAAUACACGAGGUGUCCGGGGAGCCCACUGUAGACGUAGGAUCUUUUCUCCGAUUGGUCGCAUUCUCCGAUGUGGCACGCAGUGCCUUGCGUUACCUUUUUGAAAUGACCUCACCCCUACUCGCCCGAGGUCACUGGAACAGAAAAGCCGCAUCGACCCGCUGAUGACUGACUUUCUGAGUAGGCCAUUUUCGGUCCGACAUACGAUCGCCCAUAAAACUCUUUUCAACUUGCAAUCUCAUUGGCUACAGCCUUGAACGAAAUAAUUACAGGCACUCAACGCUGCAAGUAACAUGGCAUUGUUUUUUUCAGCUCAACUUGAAAUUGGAACAGACACAGGUGAUUCGAGCAACAGCUCGUUUGAAAGGUCGUACAUUUCCGCAUGUAAAACAUGUUAAAUACUAGUUGAUUAUAGGUGAAUUUCAAUGAUGUUGCUGUUUGCAACGUGUAUGCAAUGAAACAUUUUACAUGUAUAAUUAUUACCACCUACAGAAUGCCAAAAACCCACAGAUAAGUUGGAUGAGAACUACCUUUCGUCAGUGUGCUUAUAGUGACACGUGACGUCCGUCAGAGCCAUAUUGCCAAAAUUAACGCCUUUAGUGGGGAUGCUGUUGGAAUAAAUCUAAGUGAAGAUAAUAGACCGAUUACGCUUAGUAAGUCACUCGACCCAUAAAGGUGGGCAUCAAACAUCAGCAAACAUGGGUGGCCCCUUUCGGUGUCGUUUACCAACAAUAAAGCUGACGGCUGGGAAAGUGCAUGUACUCCGACUAAUGAUGUGCUGAGUGUUCUGCCGAAAAUCGGCUUUCUUUUUGGUAAACAACACUUAAACACACAACACUAUGGGAGGACGCCAUGUUUGUUGAUAUUUUAUAUCCACUAUAGGUCACGUGAUUUAGCGGGCAUAAUCGGUCAAUUUGUUGUGUUGUGAGUAGCGAACUCGACUUAGGCCGUGUCCGAAAUGGGCUUCCAGAGCUACGGCUAGGUCUAUUGUCUGCGCGUCCCCACGCAAUGCCAGUGGAGCGUAGACCUAGACCUAGCUCUAGACAAGAGAUUCGGAUGCAGCCUCAGGCUAGUAUCACCACACCUUGACUAUAUUUUCAUACUGUUUGUUAGUGAAGCAAGUCUCUGAAAUGGCUAUUAUGUAGAAACGGCGUCGCAUUGGCCGCCAUUCGAAAGUGAGUUUACGCGUUCGUCUACUGAUGUCUCGUUGCAAUUAUGAGACAAAGUGGGGGAAAGUUUUGUUUUCCAUUCUUUAUCAAAUUCAAGUUUUACGAUCCAUUUGGUAGUGUCCUUUAAGAUGCCCCACACAGUGGCCGUGGACGCCCCGGGGAUGCAUCACUGUAGCAGGUUGAUUUUUCACUUAAUAUUGACGUCACUCGGAUAUGUUUGUCAAUUUAAAAUCCUCUGGCAGUUUUUGCACCAAGCAGGUUGUUCCCAUGUCGACCUUUUCGAAGGUUGAUACCCACGCCAGCAAAGCUGUUGCAGUGCUUGCCCCUGUCUUAAUAAUGACCUUCUCACCAGAAAUAAAUGCCAAGAAUGAUCAUUUAUCACCGAAAACCACGCCAAGGUCCACAGUUUACAGAUCGGGUCACAAUAAAGCCGUCCCAUCCCGAUGUCGUAGGAAUAGACAGCGGCAUGCGAAAUCCUCGUUUGGGUUUAAAAAAAGCUGGUGUUAGACGCAACACAGUAUUCUGAAAGAAUCAGGAAGAAUUCAGACCCCUGAUUAAAUCAUGUCAGAUUAGUGACGAGUGUGAAUAUCUAAAAUUCAUAUUUUCAACUUCGCCGUUUAUUCUACCCCGCUGUUGCCUGAUUCAACGCGCGCAGUGCUAGUGCUAUAAACAGUGUUUGGCGAAUUGGAAAGCCCUUGCAAAUCGAAAUUUGAAGUCGAGUUACACGCCGCCUGAAAGAAAAAGGCCGGAAUUGUUGUUGCUAUUAAUGUCGCAUGUUCCUCUUAUUAGACUGAAUUGGGGUCGUUGUUGGGAAACGGAGGGACUUCCCGACAGUUUCCACGGCAUGAGAAAUGGAAAACCCAACUUGAGAAUGUAGUUUAUACAAGUUGACUAUACGAGCUGAAAGCGAGGUUAACUUUUCAUUUGGGGAACUUGAGAGCACAAUUGAAAGCAACGAAAUAAAAGUUCAUUACAAAUUCAUUCAUUUUUAUAAUUAGUGGAUGUUUACAUCCGAAUAUUUCGAGCCACGUUUAGAAAACAACUAAAAGUGAAGUUUGAAUCCACAAAUAGGUUGGCACCAACCGAUGUGACAGAUUUCAUUAGUUAGAUUCGGGGAACAUGAUUUAAAAUGGCGCCCUGUGCCUUUAGCAAACCAAGGGAUCUAAAGUUACGACGGGAUUACAUGUAUAUGGUUGUGAAGCGCAUACAUUGAUAAUGUGAGGCUUGAAAAUUGUAUGGGAACUCUAGCUCUGUUCUUCUCAUGUUGGCUGAUACGUUCUGCUCGUUCGUGCUGACAUGGUUGCUCUUCGAACGCUGAACCAAAGAACGGGAAUUAAGUCCUGUACAGUGGCAAAAUCUAACUUUUGAAACCAAUGUUAAGCUUCUUUUCCGCGAGAAUAUUUCUCAUGACAAAGGAAGACGAUCGCGAACUUAGCAUCGUGAUUCGAUUUUUUUCGGGGGGGGGGGUGAAUGACAGUUUUCUUUAAUAGCUGUUAUGAGAGAUAACCAUGGCUGUGCUUCAUUUCGCAUGAAUUUCAUAACGAAUACGGCACGUCUAUUUGUGAACAUUGAGCCGUCCAUAGGCCUACAUGAAACUCCCCCGGCGUGGUACAUGAGUACCCUUUGACAUUCACCCGUGGAUCGAUCAGGCGCUGCAUGUAUACUGAGUUGAUCACCAUGACAACGCACUGUUCAUUGCAUUUCAUGGCUUUCACCCCACCUUUCCUGGUGAUAGCGUGUAGUUAAAAGUUGAAUGCCCACCUUAGCACUAGGCAGACCUGGCUGUGUGCCGAGUUCAAAGAGAUUUUUGUCAUGGUUUUUAUACUAUUUAAUCCGCUACAUCACUCUUUAUUCAUAACGAUAGGAUUUUCUUUAGCAAGCCCUGGCGAUUCUAAAAAGGCUGUUCGUUUUUUUGCGGGCAUCUGACUCUUCAGAGCUGUCGGAAUCAGUUGGCGAACUUUCAAUGAGUCUUACUUAAUUCAGCAGCCAACCAAAGAGGGGACAGAGGUAGAAAGGGGCCGUCUGUAAACCCUUAUUUAAUUGGCUGUAAGGGGUAUUUAUUAAAAAACACAAGUGUAUGUACUAAAGCAGCCAUAAGCACAUUUCAAGUAGGCCCCUAUAGCCAAUUUAUGUAAUAUUUGUAAUUAUAGACCUACCAUUGGGUUUCACACACACCGAAGAGUAUAUUUAUAGUUGGACACUUGCAGAGUAAACAUUAUUCCCAAUUUUUGGGAAGAAAACAUUUUCGUUUUCAAUGACCAGCAGGUACACUGUACAUAAUUCUCAAGUACAUUCAUUUCAUGUCUUUGAAAAUAACUGCUACGUUUGUUUUCAUUAUGACACAACGAAUGUUGCUUCGACUGCUACGUUUGUUUUUAUUUAAACAAAAUUGUAUUUUUUUUCAUAUUGAUACUCACGUUCUUCCAACAUAAUUUAAUUCACAGUCGCUUUAUACUAUGGUACUCAUUGUCUUACGUAACUUCCACUCUAAGUGUUGAAUUCAUUGUUUUGCCGCUCAUACUUUUUAACACGCGGUGCAGAAUGUCAAAGUUGGCUGAUGUUAUAAAAUGACAGUGUCGCACAAAUGCAGGAAAAGAAUAAAAGAGAGCUAAUCCAAAAAUUAUAUGCACAAAACUGA